AUUUCAUUUGAUUUGCUUUCAUCCCAACUUGUUACCUUCAUUGUCUCUGCUCAGUCCUUUUUAUCAUCUUCUGCUACUCUCUGCUCCUCAACUCACCUCCCUUUUCACAAAUCACCUCAUCUUUGUACAAUUUUCACCCUUUGUUUCAUUAAUUAUCCCCAUGUCAUUUGAUUUGUUUUCAUCGUGACUUGUUACCUUCAAUGUCUUUGCUCAACUCUUCUUUUUGAUCAUCGUCUGUGACUCUGCACGUUACCUCACCUCUCUGUACACAAAUUUGCUCUUCCUCCCACAGUUCUGAUUUUUCACCUUUGUUUAGUUUGGUUCUUCUGCUUCUUGUCUCUCUAAUUCUGACCAGUUUUCAUCCCUCUACACAAAUCGGCUUACCCUGCUAUUAUUAUCGGCUUUUGUUCUUCUGUUUCUUGUCUCUCCACACACCCAGAAAAAAAAAAAAAGGAAAAAAAAAAAAGAGAGAGAGAGAGGAAAACACAGAAUUAGAGGAUGGCCACUGAAAUUGGCGUCGCUGCUGGUAGCAAAUGUGCUGAGCACCUAGUUGAAACUACUAUCGAUCUGAUCUCAAAACCAAUAACUCUUGUUUACAAACGGAGCGAUAAUGUCAGAAAUCUGAAGGAUAAACUGGCGCUGCUGGCGGAUAGAAGAGAGAGUGUGCAACACGAUGUUACUGAUGCUGAAAGAAAGGCUGAAGAAAUUGAACAGGAGGUCAAGAAUUGGAUGAGUAAAGCAGAUGAUUAUAUUACUGGAGAGGCAAAGAAAUCAUUGGAUGAAUUAGAAGACAAAGCCAAGAAGAGGUGUUUCCUAGGGUUGUGUCUUAAUCCCAAGUCUAUUUACAGACUAAGCAAAAAAGCAGAGGAGGAUGCCCUGGCUGUUGGUCAACUUCUGGAGGCCAAGUUCAAUAGAAUUUCCUUCUUCCAUGUGGAAAAGGAGAAAGCAGAUCUGGUUGAUGAAGUUUUCAAGGACUUUGACUCAAGAAAGCAUGUUUUAAAGGAGAUCAUGGAGGCUCUACUAUCUCCAACCAUCAAGAAGAUAGGAGUGUACGGGAUGCCUGGCGUGGGGAAGACAUUGCUGGCUGGAGAAGUUAAAAGAAAAGCAGAGCAAGAGAAGUUGUUUGAUGCAGUUGUUAUUGCUAAAGUGACAAAGAAUCCAGACUUGAAAAGUAUUCAACAAGAAAUUCAACGUGGAUUGGGUUUAGAGCUUCCUGAUGGGAUUCCAGAGUGGGGAGCUGCUGCUCGAAUAAAGUCAACACUGACAAAAAGGCAGAAGGUUCUAGUAAUUUUGGAUGAUAUUUGGGGACGAGUAGCUUUGGAGGAUGUGGGAAUCCCCUUAUCUGCAAAUGAGCAAAAGCAACCUGUAGGGGAAAAGAAUGAUGAAAGCUCAGCUGAACAACAAAUUUUAGUAUGUAAGGUUUUGUUGACCUCCAGAGAUCGCUCUGUUUUAUCAGGUGAUAUGGGUACUGAAAAAGAAUUUCUAGUUGGUCAAUUAGAAGAUAAUGAAUCAUGGGAGCUAUUUAAGAAGAUAGUUGGCAAGGAUGUUGAAAGGCAUGAGUUGCGGAAGAUUGGAAGGGAGAUUGCAAAAGAAAGUAGAGGAUUGCCGAUUGCUGUUGCAACAAUUGGAAAUGCUUUGAAAAAUAAGAGUGUGCAUGAUUGGAAGGAUGCUCUGCUAGAAUUGAAAAGACCUUCUCCGUAUGGGAAAUCUGCAAAAUUUUUCUCAGCUAUAGAGUUCAGUUUCAAGCAUUUAGAAAGAGAAGAACUCAAGCAAACAUUCUUGAUGUGUAGUUUGCUCAGCCACAAUGCUUCCAUUGAAGAGUUGGUGAAAUAUGGUGUGGGUUUGGGUUUGUUUCUAAAUGUCCGCACAAUAGAAGAAACACGAAACAGAGUAUUGUCAUUGGUUGAUCAUCUCAAAGCGUCUUCUCUGUUGGUAGAUGGUCGUGGCAAAAUGUAUUUUGACAUGCAUGACCUCAUUCGGGAUGUUGCCAAGUCAAUGGCUUCUAGGGACUAUGGUGUGUUUACUUCAAGAGAUGAAGACGUGCAGGGAGGGUGGCCAGACAAAGAGGUAAUGACAGAUUUGAAAUGGAUUUUUUCAUUAAAUGGAGAUGCUUGCGGUGGUCUGCUUCCAGAUAAGUUCCAAUGCCCCAAGCUUACUUUCUUUCAUUUGUCCAACUACUCUCUAGCAAUUCCUGCAAAUUUUUUUUCGGGGAUUGAAAAACUCAGAGUCUUGGGUUUGACAAAAAUGAAUUUAUCCCCCAUGCCUGUGUCUAUUACCCUCCUAACAGACCUUCGCACAUUGCCUUUGGAUCAAAGUGUGCUAGGAGAUGCAGACGUAGGUGCUAUCAUAGGAAAGCUGAAUAAUUUGCAAUUCCUCAGCCUUGCAGGAUGUGAAAUUGAAGAGCUGCCAAAAGAAGUGGGGAGUUUGACCGAGCUAAAGUUGUUAGAUUUGAGUGACUGCACAAAAUUGAAAGUAAUUCCACAACAAGUCUUAGCAAGUUUGUCCAAACUACAAGAGCUAAAAAUGGGAAACAGCUUUUACCAGUGGGAUGUCAUGGAGCAUGGGAGGCAAAGAAAUGCAAGCCUUUCUGAGUUGACACAGUUACCUAGACUAACAGCUUUAGAGUUACGUGUCCUUGAUGUUCAAACGAUCCCUGGAAAAUUAGAAAGAUACAAGAUAUUCAUGGGGGAUGUGUGGAACAACUGGGAUAGCUCGUUUGAUAGCUUAAAAGUAUUGAAGCUGCAGAUGAAGGCACACACAAGAUUCGACUAUUCAAUUAAACGGUUGUUGAAGAUGACUGAAGAGCUACAUCUAGAGGAGUUGAAUGGUGUAAAGAAUGUGGUUGAUGAGUUAGAUAUUGAAGGUUUUCCAGAUCUGAAGUAUCUCUAUAUUUGUAAUGCUCCAGAGCUUCAUCAAAUUGUUAACCUAAGGGGAUGGGGUCCUUUCAGUGCAUUUCCCAACUUGGAAGUAUUGUUUCUUCGUAAUUUAAUUAAAUUGGAGAAGUUAUUUCAAGCCAGGUUCAAAGAUACGGCUUUUAGCAAAUUAAGAACAAUAACAAUUGAGUGUUGUCAUCAGCUAAAGAAUUUGUUCUCCUUUUCCAUAGCUAGCCAGUUUCUCCAACUACAAGAAAUUAGAGUGUCAGACUGCAGCAACAUGGACGAGAUUAUUGAUCUCGUCAAGGAGCAAAGGAGCAGAGAAGAUAUUGUUGAAGCAAGUCAAGAAGUAAAGCCAAAGUUUGGUCAGUUGUUGCGGUCCUUGAGAUUACAACGUCUGCCAAAGCUGAUUAGCUUCAACAGUAAUUGCAGCACCAUGCCACUUUUCAAUGAUCAGUUUCUGUUUCCAAACCUAGAGGAGCUGCAAUUGUCAUGGAUUAAUGUUGACACGAUAUGGAUAGCAUCUUACUGUGUUGAGAACCUGACAAAAUUGAUAAUUCAUGGCUGCCAUAACUUGAAAUACCUAUUCUCAACCACUAUGGCUGGAAGUCUAGAGAAGCUUGGACACCUUGACAUAAGGGAAUGCAAGAUGAUGACAAAGGUUCUUUCUGAAGAGAAUGAAGAAGAAAAGGGGAAUUUGAUUUUCCCUGCGCUGAAAUUUCUACAGUUAAUGCAAAUUCAAAACCUUGUUAGCUUCUACUUUGGAGAUUCGACCAUUGAAUUCUCAUCCUUGAAUGAAUUGGCUGUACGAAACUGCCCAGAGUUCAAGGGUUUCGCAGUUAUGUCUACAAGCACAGAUGUUGCAGCAGACACUCAGCCCCUCUUCAACGAACAGGGUGCAUUUCCCAACCUGGAAAAAAUUAAUAUCUCUCACUUGAAAAACGUGACAACCAUAUGGCAUAGCAAAAUUCAAGCAAAUUCCUUUUGCAAAUUAAAGUCAUUGGUGGUCGCAUGCUGUGAGGGGUUAAUGAGUAUUUUGCCAUCUAACAAUAUGCUGGCAAGUUUGUGGUCAUCACUGGAGUAUUUAAGUAUAUAUAAUUGUGGUUUACUAGAGGCGGUAUUUAAACUUGGAGAAAUCAACGCGAACCAAAGAUCUGUUGUGAUGGACACCCAGUUGAAAGUAUUAGAGAUUGGUGGUCUGCCAAGAUUGAAGCGUGUGUGGAACAAGGAUCCAGAAGGAAUUCUCAAUUUUCAAAACCUUGAGUCAGUGUGUGUAUUUUCUUGUAAGAGUCUCAGUCAUUUGUUUCCUGCUUCGGUAGGCAAAGCCCUUUCACAACUCCAAACACUAGAGAUAGGCUAUAGUACUGGUUUGGAGGAAAUCGUUGCAGUGGGAGGAGGAUUAGAAGCCGAUGUUAAGUUUGAGUUUCCUCAAAUGUCCUACUUGCGCCUUAGUUGCCUACCAAGACUUAAAUAUUUUUACCCAGGGCAACACAGUACGGAGUGGCCAAUGUUAAAGAAGUUCGACUUUUUCAAUUGCGGCCAAAUGAAGAAAGCGAAUGGGCGGGGCCAACUAGACUUCCCUGUUCAACUACCACUUUUUUCCAUGGAAGAGAUUAUACCUCAAUUGGAGCAAUUGUCCUUAACGGAAGAUGACAUCCUAAUGAUAUGUGGUGAAAUCAAAUUUAAGGAGAGCCUCUUUUUCAAUAUCAAAGUUCUUCAGAUUCAAGACUAUCUUGAUAUGUCAGCUAUUUUACCAAUCUGCUUUCUCAAUAGAUUCUCCAAUUUAGAGAAGCUUAUUUUGAAAAAUUGUUAUUUCACAGAGUUAUUCCCUCCAAAAGGAGAGCAGGUUGGUGACCAAGAGAAACAAGUUAAGACUGAGGUACUCUCAAGGAUUAAAAUACUAAGAUUGGAUUCCUUUCCUAAUCUCAAGCACAUAUUGAGCCAGGACUCAUCAACAGUUCUUCAAAAUCUUCAAACCCUUGAAGUGUGGAGAUGUCAUAGUUUGCCUUUUUUAUUAACAUCAAACACAAUAUCUCUCCAUGAUCUUACCACUCUGGAUGUGUGGCGAUGUAAUUAUUGUAUGAUAACAUUGGUUUCGGUCCCAGUGGCCCGAAGUCUGGUGCAACUGGAACAUAUGACUAUAAGGGAAUGUGACAGCCUUACUGAAAUAGUUGGACACGAAGGAGCUAGAAUAGAAGAUUCAGUUGUUAAUUUCAACAAAUUAAGAAUUUUGAAACUUAUAUGUUUGUCGAGAUUAGGAAGCUUCUGUUCGGAGAAAUUCUUAUUCAAUUUCCCAUCUUUAGAAAUGGUAACUGUGGAUCAAUGCCCCAAAUUGAAGAUCUUCAGUGAGGGAGACUUACACACACCGCUAUUGCAAAGAGUGGAAUUAAUUGGAGGAGAGGAUAAGUCGCUUUGGGCAGGUGACUUAAAUACCACCAUACAAAAAAUGCACACAGAAAAGGUUGGAUUUGCUGGGUUAGAGGACUUGACACUGUCAGACUUUGCUGAAUUGAUUGAAAUAUGGCAUGAUAGGGAGAGGCGCCAAGCAAUUUUGGAUUUCAGAUUGCUUACAUUUCUACAGCUCGAUAAUUGUGCCCAGCUCUCAUACUUGUUAACCCCUUCCAUGGUAUCUUGCCUUGUGCAACUCGAAUUGAUAAGCAUAAAGAACUGUGCUAUGAUGCAGCAAGUGAUAAUGGGAGAUGGAGAAGAAAGUAAGAUGAUAUUCCCACGACUAUUGAACAUUAAGCUAGAGUCUUGUUCAAAUUUGAUAAGUUUCUAUGUGGGAAGUCAUCAUCUUGAGAUUCCAAGUUUGGAAGGAAUUUUUAUAGAAGAAUGCCAAAAUAUGGUUACGUUCGCUGCUUCUACAUCGUCUGGAGAGCAUGAAAAAGAGACAUCUCAUCAAUACUUUUUUAGCAGCAAGGAUACAUUUCCGAAUCUAGAAGAAUUGAAAUUGUUACAGAAUGGCAAUAUAAAGGAGAUAUGGUAUGGACAACAUCCAGAAGAGUAUUUCGGCAAACUAAAGGUGGUGGAACUCACCGGUUUUCCUGAGAGAUCAACUUUUCUUCCGCCCUUUUUCUUCCAGUCUUUGCCCAGUCUUGAAAAGCUUGUUGUGAGGGAUACUUUCCUCAAUGAAGUAUUCCAAUGUGAAGAAGUUGGUGUUGAGAAAAAACCUUCUAUAUGUGGACGCACCCCAUUAUGCGAACUAAGGUUGUCCAAACUCCAUGAGCUAACACAUCUUUGGAAGGAAGAAUCCCAAACUGAAUCAAUUUUUAGUAACCUAAAAACUCUAGAAGUUCAAGAAUGUAGCAGAUUGAAGAAUUUAGUGCCAUCCAAUGUACAUUUCAACAAUUUGCAGACUUUGGAAGUAUCCAAGUGUCAUGGGCUUGUCAAUUUAGUGAGAUACUCAACUGCAAAAAGCUUGGUGCAACUCAAAACAAUGCAAGUAACAGAAUGUGAAACGAUAGAAGAAAUUGUGGUAUGCUUGGGUGAUGAUGUAAAGGAUGGCAUUAUUCUCAGCAAGCUGAAGUAUUUGCAACUUGAAGUACCUUUAACAUAUGUUGCUCUUAUAGUUACAGAAUACCUAAGAUUUUGAAGAAAGCAAUAUUGGUCUCGUAAUUCUGAAAGAGAACAGUGAAGUGGAUUUUGAGGUUUUAAUGGUGCACUCAUAAUAAUCAUUUGGAUUCAUGCUACCAAGUUUCCACAUGGUUAAUUUGACACACAUAAAACAGUCUUUCAAUUCUAAAACUGAUUUAUUUCAAUUUCUAAACUCAUGUAUGACAUGAUAUAUUAUCAAGUACUUAAUUCUACAAGCCACUGGACUAUUUCAUUUUAU